AGGCGGAGAAGCAGUGUGGCUGAGUGGGUAAAAUCCAGGCCUGAGACCUGGCUCUGAGGCCUCAGCAGGCCCAGGCUGCGCAGCCCCCUGCCCAUUUUGUUGGCCGGCCCCUCCGUGGAGGAUGACGGGGGCGGGAGGCAGGGGGAGGUCAUCGCCGACUUUAGAAAACGCGCCCUGAUUCGGGGCACCGGUUCUCAUGACCUGUAUUGGCUCCCAGUUCUCCCUCCGAAGCGAUUAUUUUUAUCGGACUGAUAAUACGACUGAUGAUGCUCAACCUGGGAAUUGGCCCCUCUCCUUCCGCAGCUCUCUUAAACCGCGACAGCCCGGUGGAAAUCUCUUCCCGUUGAAGCGAUUUGCACUCAGCUUUCUGCAUUUAUAGAACUGCAAGACUCCUGUAUGCCAUGGAUACCGAACUCAGUUCCCAGGACAGGAAGGACCUGGACAAAUUCAUCAAAUUUUUUGCCCUGAAGACUGUCCAAGUCAUCGUUCAGGCUCGGCUUGGAGAAAAAAUCUGUACUCGUUCGUCCUCGUCCCCAACAGGCUCCGACUGGUUCAAUUUAGCAAUUAAGGAUAUACCAGAGGUCACUCAUGAAGCAAAGAAAGCAUUGGCAGGGCAGCUGCCUGCCGUCGGGAGGUCAAUGUGUGUGGAGAUCUCGCUCAAAACUUCAGAGGGAGAUUCCAUGGAGCUAGAAAUUUGGUGUCUAGAAAUGAAUGAAAAGUGCGACAAAGAGAUCAAAGUUUCCUACACCGUGUACAACAGGCUGUCCCUGUUGCUGAAAUCUCUGCUGGCUAUAACCCGGGUGACACCAGCCUAUAGACUUUCCAGGAAACAGGGCCACGAGUAUGUCAUUCUCUACAGGAUAUACUUCGGGGAAGUGCAACUGAGUGGACUGGGAGAAGGCUUCCAGACAGUUCGUGUUGGGACGGUGGGCACUCCCGUGGGGACCAUCACUCUGUCUUGUGCCUAUAGAAUUAACCUGGCUUUCAUGUCCACCAGGCAGUUUGAGAGGACCCCACCUAUCAUGGGGAUUAUCAUUGAUCACUUUGUGGACCACCCCUAUCCCGGCUCCCCGCCCAUGCAUCCUUGCAACUACAGGGCGGCUGGUGAGGACACUGGAGUAACGUACCCCUCUGUGGAAGAUUCUCAAGAAGUGUGCACCACCUCUUUUUCCACCUCCCCUCCAUCCCAGUGUGUGUUUACUGUCACCCAGGCACACUUUCAGACCCCUUCUCCUCUGGUGACGGACACAUUGAGGGUCCCCAUGGCUGGAUUGGCCUUUUCACACCAACUCUCAAGCUCUCGCCUUUCCUAUCAGCCUGCUGCUCUGGGAGUUGGAUCGGCUGAUCUGGCUUAUCCUCUAGUAUUUGCUGCUGGUCUGAAUGCUGCACAUCCUCACCAGUUGGUGGUCCCCGGAAAGGACGGCGGGGUGCCCCCGGCCCCCAGCCAGCCUGCCCAUGGUGCCCAGGCUGACCAGGAGCGGAUGACAACCUGCACCCCCUCAGACGGUGCCCACUACGCUGCGGUCACUCCUUCCAGCAGCGAGGACACAGAAACCGUCUCGAACAGCAGCGAAGGCCGGGCCUCCCCCCAUGAUGUCCUGGAGGCCAUCUUUGUCCGGAAAGUGGGGGCUUUCGUCAACAAACCCAUCAACCAGGUGACCGUGGCCAGUUUGGAUAUCCCAUUCGCCAUGUUUGCGCCGAAGAGCUUGGAGUUGGAGGACACUGACCCCAUGGUGAACCCUCCCGAUUCCCCAGGCACAGACUCUCCUCUCCAGGGCAGCUUGCACUCGGAGGGCUCCAGCGGCGGGAGCAACGGCAACGCUCACGACGACUUCGUCAUGGUCGAUUUUAAGCCGGCGUUUUCGAAAGAUGACAUUCUCCCAAUGGACCUAGGAACUUUCUACCGCGAGUUUCAGAACCCCCCUCAGCUGAGCAGCCUCUCCAUCGACAUCGGCGCUCAAUCCAUGGCCGAGGAUCUGGACUCCCUCCCAGAGAAACUGGCGGUGCACGAGAAGAACGUCAAAGAGUUCGAUGCUUUUGUGGAGACCUUACAGUAAAGUCAUCCCCCCGUAGCGGCAGCAGCCCUUCCGUCAGCCCCCCGGCCGCCGGGCAGAGCCCGGCACGCCCGACUCUCCUCUCGCCCUCCCUCUCGCCUCUCCUCCUCUAAGUCCGAGCGGUAGGGGAAGCUCAGGGUCCCCAGCCCCGCCUCCCACAGCUCGGGGCCUGCCCUCCCUGGCCACCUCUGGGGUUGCCCAUCCCGCUAGCGGCCGAGUGCGGCGGGCGAGGGAAGAGAAGGUGGAAAUGAGCCAAGUUGGCCGCCUCCUGCCGGUGCCACCUCCCCUCCCAAGCUGCCGGCGUGGCUCCGGCCUCCCCUCCCUUCCGUCGGCACGCCACGGUUGAGCCCGGGGGAGCCGAGAGCGAGGGGGACGUAGGGGCGGGAGGGGGACGGCGGGUGGGCGGAGGAAGAAGCGCCUCCCCUUGGAAAGGACCGAGCCUUUCCAAGCCACAGGUAGCCAGCCACACCCACCUGCUACCCGGGCGCAGUGCCACCGUCCCGCUGCCAUCCGGGGACACCCACCCCCGGGGGGAGAUGGGGCCACCCACACACCACCCAAGAGGGCGACGGGGUGACAGGAGGGGGAGGCAUUCCUGAAAUGCGGUUGUAAAUAGAAACUAGGAAUCCUGUUUCUUUAGGGUCGUGUCACUAGGAAUCUUAGAUCAAGGUUCUUUCCUCUCUCUCGUCUUCUCCCCUCCCCGUGCAACCGUUGCUGCUCUGGUUAUAGAUAAGAGUAAACAGUAAAUAUUUAUUGCUUUAAAAGAGAUAAGAUAUUUUAAAAAGACAUAUUUGGCGUUGGAUAUUUUCACUUGACCGGGCAGUUGGGGGUUGGGGGGCUCCUGGGGAGGGAUUGAGGAAGACCUCGCCAGGCUACGGCCAGAUGCAGGGGUGGGGUUGGCCCGGAGCCAUUUCACCCUCCCCCCGCCCCCCCCCCCAGCGACUGCUGGCUUUAAAUGGAGCCGGUGACUGCACUUCAGCCAAUUGGGGACCAGAUUAUUCCAAAAUCUCUGGAAUGUCCCCUCCCCUUGAUCCAGCCGAUUUACGAGGGGGCUGACCGUAUCCAGGUUUCCUUUCCCAGCCCUUUUUACGCUAAGAGCGUGGCAGUGCCGGAAUGCCGGCGUUGGCUGGGAGGGCGGGCUAGACCAGGCUCAGGGGGCACUCCCUCCCCUCCCUCCCCGUCAACGGUGUGGCAGACCCUCCUCGAGAAGGCCCUGGGCAUCCGCCACCGCUAGGGCUGGGGGUCUAAAGGUCCACUCCUCUCCUCUGUCUGCCCGGGAAAGGGCCUUUUCACCCAUGCCGCGUCAAACUCCGGGGCUGGAGCGGCAGUACGGCCUCCUCCUUCCUCUUCCCUCCGACUCCGGAGAACAGCGUGGCUGGCACGGGGUGGGUCGAAGCCUCCCGGUUUUGCUACCGCUUCUGAAACGGGUUCCGAGGCAGCCACCACAGCUGAUCCCUCCAGACUGAAUCGUAGAGUACUUUGCACACAGUGGGCGUUGGCUACAUCACCCCACCCCCCACCUCCUCCUCCACCUGCACCCAUACCACUCCUCCGCCUCCCCUCCGUAAAUCGAAGCCGGGCUUGAGGCCCCGGCCCCCGGAGCUAGCGGAGGACGGGAGAUGCCUCGCCUGCCUGUCGGCUGCAUGCGACCGCUCCCGCGGGCGCCCUUCCCUGCUAGGUUCUGUUCCCCGGGUAUCGCUCUGUCUUCCCGAAAACCCCCGUUGGGGCCGAGCCUCGUGCUCCGGUUAGUGCCUGCCUGACUUGCAUCGCCGUGCCCGACCUCUGCUGCUGCAGGGACUAGAACAGCCAUUCCCAAAGGCGGUGCCUGAGGUGGAGAAGAACGAGAGCAUCAGCCGGCCUUUUCCCCCCUUUUCCAGCCCUCUUCCACGGAUCGCGGUGGAAGGCUGGGCCGGCUCCCAUCCACCCCGGGAAUUCUGAGUCUGAUCCUAGGGGGGACGGGGGUCAGCUAGUUCUGAGAGCUCAUGGGGUCCACUUGAGAUUCCUCACGGGUGUCUCGGUCCAACCGAAAGGCCUCGCCUGUCCUCCCCUGCCCCGUAAUUACCGUGACCUCCCAGAGUCUGCCGGUCAAGGUUCGCUAACGCGUCUGGACCCUGGAGAAGGGGAGGAGUGGGACGGUGGGUGUGGCUGCGUUCUCCUGGUCCAAUUUCUUCCCGGCUACCGACAACCCCCCCCCCCAUCCCUCCCCUCUGUCUCCACCCUGAAAGGCUGUGGUAUCCACAGACCGCGAGCGGCCCACCUUCUCCGGCGGAACGCCGCCCGCGGCGGGUCUCGUGUGCUUCCCCGUGCGCCGGGGCCUCCUCUCGGCUCGGGGCGCAAGAUCCGAAGCUGGAACUCGUUCGGUCCUGGCUGAGCUCCGGCCCAUCACCCUCGUCAGGGGCCGAGCCCCCGGGCCGGCCGCAAGGGCCGGAGAGGGAGAGCGGUCCCCCUUCAGUCCCCGAGGAAGGGAGAGAUUUGGCCGGGACCAGAAACCAGGACUGUCGGUGCUGUGGAGGCCACGGCGAAAGCCCAGCCCCUCUCCUGCAUUUUGAAAACGUUCUGAGCUGUAUUAUAAACUGUAUCCUCAAAGGAUUUCCAAUAAAAUUUUUCUCUACGCACUAA